AUGAAUCCUGCUUCACCUUCCAGCUCGCCAAGGGGCUCACCAAACCCCGCACCCAACACACUACCCUUUCGCCCACCGCGAAGCACGGAUGCACCCGACACGCCUAUACCAGACGACCAUGGCGCAGAUCUACCGAUGAACAUGUCGGCCUCUGUCAUGCUCACCAAUCUGCCCCGCGAUGCGACACAGGCUCUGGCAGAUGUCGAAAGCAUCGACUCUGGCAAAGUCACCGUCCGAUUCCAGCCUCUGCCAUCAGCGCCAAUAUUGAAGAGCAAGGUGUUCAAGGUGAGCGCUUCACAGAAAUUUGAAACGGUCGUCAAGUUUCUGCGUAAGAAGUUGGAUUGCAAAGACACCGACUCGGUCUUCUGUUAUGUCAACAGUGUGUUCGCGCCCGGGUUAGAUGAAGGUGUCGGUGGACUAUGGAGGUGCUUCAAGACCGACGAUCAAUUGAUCGUAGCCUACUCAAUGACGCCGGCAUUCGGCUGA